AUGUUGCUAUGCUGGGUGUUCCGCCUACGAGCUCUGGCACUGUGCCUGACUGACUACCAGAAGAAGAACCUCUUGAUUCUCUGGAAGAAGGAUACCCUCUCUACUGUGACUUCCUUCGCUGUCUCCACGGCGAGGUCUUCUGUUGCGUGGUCUUCUGUUGCGUGGUCUUCUGUUGCCUGGUCUUCUGUUGCGUCUGCUGGGGGCCUCGCUUCUGCUUCUACUGCAAGCUCGACGUCUGCUAAUGGUUUCGCGCUUGCUUUUGCUUCAGGAGAUUCGGGUUCUCUUCUUACAGGUGCUGCCUCUGCUUCAGCUCUCUUAGUGCUGGCUCUGCUUGCUACCUCUGCUUCUGUUGUUGGUGCUGCCUCUGCUUCAGCUGUUGGUGCUGCAUCUGCUUCAGCUGUUAGUGCUGCCUCUGCUUCUGCUGUUGGUGCUGCCUCUGCUUUGUUGUUGGUGCUACCUCUGCUUCAGCUGUUGGUGCUGCAUCUGCUUCAGCUGUUAGUGCUGCCUCUGCUUCAGCUUGUUGCCUCUGCUUCUGCUGUUAGUGCUGGUUCAGCUGUUAGUGCUGCCUCUGCUUCUGCUGUUAUUGUUGCUUCUGCUUCUGCUGUUAGUGCUGCCUCAGCUCUGUUAGUGUUGCCUCUGCUUCAGCUGUUAGUGCUGCCUCUGCUUCUGCUUGCUGUUUCUGCUGUUUGUGCUGCCUCUGCUUCUGCUGCUGGUGCUUCAUCUGUUUCUGCUGUUGGUGCUGCCUCUUCUUCUUCUGUAAGUGCUGCCUCUGUUUCUAAUACAGGUGCUGCUUCUUCUGUUUGUGCUGCCUGUGCUUCUGUUGUUGGUGCUGCCUCUGUUUCUAAUACAGGUGCUGCUUCUUCUGUUUGUGCUGCCUGUGCUUCUGUUGUUGGUGCUGUCUGUGCUUCUGCUGUUAGUGCUGCCUGUGCUUCUACUGGUGGUGCUGCCUCUGUUGGUGCUGCCUCUGCUUUUGCUGUUGGUGCUGCCUGUGCUUCUGUUGUUGGUGCUGCCUCUGCUUUUGUUGUUAGUGUUGAGCCUGCUUCUUCUACCGGUGCUACUAAUGCAGCAUUUCAGGAUUCCUACGCGGUGAAGCUUCUGGCCGGCUGA